AUGGCUUACAUAAACGUUGCCGAAUGGAGCCCGGACAUGGUUACCGACUGGUUGAAAGGUCUGGACAACUCCAUGUACCAUUAUGUACAGUCGUUCACCAACAAUGGGGUCGGCGGUAAGCAGCUGCUCAAUAUACGACCGUACGAGCUCGAACAGCUCGGUAUGCACGUGAUCGGCCAUCAAGAAAUCGUGCUGGAAGCGGUGGAAAAUUUAAAAAACUCAAACUACAACCUGGAUAAGGAGAAUCUACAGUUCCUGGCGCUGCAUGUAGCAACUGCGGCCCAUUCGCUAUCGAAGCAGUUAGAAUUUUCCGACCAGGAGAAACUCGAAACUACUGUACUGAAGGAUAUUACGCGUACGAUCACGCACUUGAAAGCUUUAAUUGAAUGGCUCGAUCGAGCGCCGUUUAGAGGUCAAAAGAAAUUCGAUGAGCUGCGUAAACAGUGCAUGCGAUUCGGGUUGGAAGUGGCUACCGUUGCGAUGCGCGAUCGAUUUUCACUCAUGCCAGUACAGGCGAUUCGUCAGAACGCCAAAAAGCUAGAAAAUAUUGGAGAGUACAUCAUUAAGGAUAUUAUGGAUCCGAUCAUACUGCAACCAGCCUCGCUGGAUCUUGUGACGCUUAAGAAGCGUGAAUCAGAUCUCGGCUUUCUGAUAAUGCAAAGCUUCCACGGUGUACACCGUAUUACUGAAAUAAAGUUCAACUCACCCGCCCACAACUCUGGCAAGGUCGAGGAUGGUGAUGAAAUAGUGCAAAUCAACUACCAGACGGUGGUCGGCUGGGAGUAUAAGAAGGUCCUGCAGCAGCUACAGGAAUCACCGCCAGAUGUCCUGUUGACACUGAAAAAGCGCCCGAAGCAUAUCAAAAUCUACGGACAAAUCUACAUCAAACCGUUUCGGUUACCGAGCAAAAAACGAUCACUUCCCUACCGCUGGGAUGAAAGUGUGCCAAGUCCACGGACAACGGACACUUUCGCACUGCAGGACUUCUCGCUACCACUCGAUCGUGUCCCGGAAAAACACGUACCAUCCGACUCCGAAUCGGACGGUAGCGACAUCCUUACGCCGACGGACGUAAAGGAGAAGGAAAAAGAGAUCCGACUUUAUCUGCCCAAACCAAGGGCUGUAUUGCAGCGUCGGCACACUCUGUCCAGCUUCAAAGAUUUGGUCGGUGUCACUUCGUGGCAUGAGCGCAAAGGGAAACCGUUGUUGUCAAGCGAUCUGCAAAGUUUGCGCGAUAAGUCGGUUUCGUUUGGGUUUGGACUUGAAAUGUCCCCUCGUCCAACGACCACCUGUCUCGGGCUGGUGGGAGGCACUGAUAGUGCUGGUGUGCCGGCAAAGUGUAGCAGCUUCGGUGGGCUUAAAAGUUCCCUGCCCGACAUUGUGCCGCAAGAGAUUGCCGUCGCACCACCGAACGAUCUUUCGAUCAUAGGGGCUAGUCCGGGCAGUAGCAGGGAGCUGGCAGACAGUGAGGCGUACAAGGCGGGCGUAUCGAAAGUGGUCCGGUUUGAAUCGAGCUCCAAAGCGGACCAGUGCCAUGUGGAUACAAAGUACACCUGCAAGGUGGACAGCACGGUGCUAGAAACGUUCGAACCAAUACCGUACGUCGAUGAAGAUCCGCCGACCGUCAUUCCACCGACCGUUACCGAGCGCGUCAAACGGUUCGAAUCGUUUGCGAAUCGAACGAUCACGGCAUCUGCCCUUACUAAUGGUCAACAAACGGGAAGCAGCACGUUGGGUGUUGGAGUAACAUCUGGCACAGUAACCUCUACGAAACCAAUCCCAAUGCAACGACAACUCGCAAAAGAUCCAGAAGUAGCAGAAGCAAUCAACAUGGUUGUGGUAAAUAGGGAAAUGGUGAAACGGGGUCGAUUGGAUAAGAGUUACAGCACACCGGCAUACGACGACGAGCUUUCCGAUGUUCCACCGGCUAUUGAACCACGCAAGGAGCAUCUCCUCAAAGCACCACCGGUACCACCACCACGCCCGAAACGUACACUCGAAACGAUUGGUGUCCCCGGUUCAGAAAAAUCACCCUUAACUCCGGCUUCCGUGCCAUCAAUACCAAAGGUAGCGGCAGUUUUACAAUUUCCCGACACGGCACCCGGAUUCGUUUCCUCGCUCAGCAACACCCUCGAUAGUCGUGAGGAUAGUCCGAAUAAAUCGAAACUAGCAAAUGUGAUCGAUCUGAAACAAAACCGCACACCACCACUCGCUACGAUUGUACCAGGUACGGUCACACCACCGAAACCGGCCGAACGGACAGCAAUUCCACCUAUUCCGGCUUCCCGACCAGCAGCAGUAGUACCGCCAGCUAAACCCGCUCCUCCAAGCGAACUUUUGUCCGCUUCUCCGAAUGCUCCAGCGGCCACCGUUCCAAGCAUUCCCACGGAUAGCAGCUCGGAGCUGCUGACACCGAACAAAACGAAGAGUCUCACGCUGAAGAAAAAGAACUCAUUACUGUCGAAGCGUCGCAAUGUGUCACUGAAAACGCUCUGCGUGAGUGAUAUUCAGGGCCAUUUGUAUCGACGCACCAAGGAUCGAAGCGGCAUGUCGUACUGGGCAAAAUAUUACUUCGUACUGAUCGAAACGACGCUGUACGGAUUUAAUCGCAAAGAAUCGGUGAAGGCGAACUGUAUGAUAUUCCUGUCCGGGUUUACGAUCUCUCUCGCCAAGGAGGUCCAUUCGCGCCCUCACGCCUUCAAGGUGUACCAUCCGAACAAAACGUUCUAUUUCGCGGCCGAAACGCAGGAAGCACUGGUACAGUGGAUGGAGUACAUAAAGCAGGCCACUCUGAAGGGUGCUAGUUUGAUAUCAACUGAGACAGCUGAUCAUAAUAGUUCGCGAGAACUGUUUACCGAAACGGAUAGUUCGGACGAUGAGCUUGGACUGAUGGAUAGCACACUGAAGCUAAACUUGCUCUGCACACCUUCACCCCAGAUGACACCGGGAGCGGGACCAUCCCACGGAUCGUCUGGUGCCGAUGGAACGCCAACGUCAUCCAAACAGGACCGGUACCACCUUAACUUUGGAUCGUUGAAAAAGUUCACUAAAAUCGGUUCGGAUACGAACCAUGCUGCGGGCAGUGGUAAAAAUGGUAGUGGGACGGGAAGCGGAAGUACGUCGUCCCAGGCCGCUAACACUACCAGCAGUUCCACCGGUGAAGGAAGCAAAUUUUUCGGCUUCUUUUCUUCUCACCGUAACGUGGAAAAAAGCAAUUCGAGUGAAAUGCCGGUACCGACGUCACAAUUCAAAAGCUAUCGAAAGGUACCGGGAGCUGGUGGAUUACAGAUAGGGACGGCUUCUGUUUCUACGGAAGUGUUUCCACUUUCGAGCACGGUUCCGAUCGGUGGGGUCGGUUCUUCGAUGGCCAAUGCAGCCGAUGGAGGAAAUUUUAGUGCCAGUAAUCUUUCCCUUGCCUCUGGCGCGGGUGAAAAAACGGUCCUAUCCGCACCAAAACCACCACCAAGAACGGCAACACCAACACCGCCACCGGUUAUCAUACGUGAACCGGUCACACCCACACUGUCCGAUGCCGAGGAAUUGCUUAAUCAGGCAAAGAAAAGCAAACGUAUCUCGCCGCACAACUAUAUCCACGCGUCGAACCCAAAUUUGGUGGAGUUUGAUUUUCAAACAUCGAAAGCGAUGGACUUUUCGGUGCCAAAGAUACAUUCGGCGAAUACGUGGGACACCAGCACACACUCGCACAGCAACCUGCAGUCCAUGAUCACGCUAAAGGAUCUGAUGUUGCAGAAGCAGGCAGAAGAAGCGCAGGAUAUGUACAACAAGCGCGUUUGCCUUGGUGUGGAGAAGCUGGAUGAUCGGAAGGCACGACUGAUCAGCACCGGUGGAACGGAACAGGUUGCAUCGGUAAGCGUCGCACCCGCCAUACCGGAAUCGGUUAACAAGAUUCAACGCCGUCAGCUACCGAUAACGCCGGACUAUGCACAAAGCUUCAAGCUGGACGAUGAGGACAUUUUGUACACGCGUAGCAAGGAGGGCCAAAAGUUGCGCGACUUUGGCUACGAAAUGAUAUCCGGUGAUGAUGCGUUUUAUCAGCAUUUUAAACCCACCCGGUCGACCGUGGGAGCGUCUGGUUCGGGUGUGAACGGUGCCGGAGGUGUCGCAAGCAAUGGAACAAAUGGAACUGGUGGAACCACUGCUGGAACAAGUGGUAGUGGAAGUGGUGGCGGUGGUUCGAUUAAGAAAAAAACAUUCAACUGGAUCAAUUCUGAUCGCAAACAAGCUGGUGGAGAUAGUGCACACGCGGACGGAUUGGUUGCGAUUGGAGCUGCAACGAGUUCCUCCUCCCUGUUCGCUGGGUCGGGUGUUGUGCCGGAACAGCAACGAGCGGGUGGCAGUUUGUCGACGUCACUAUCGCUGCGGGACAGCUUUAAGCGCAGCAAGAACAAAGCGGUCAUUGCACGGCUCGAUAACAUUAAGGCAAGCAGUGAAAAGCUCUUCCAAUUCAAGCAAUCAAGCACCUCCGGUACGGGUGCGAGUAGCAAUAAUAACGAUAAGGAAUCGCUCAAAACGAAACAACUCGACAAACCGGCCGCCCCGGGCACGAUGGUGAACGUGAACCUGAAACAUCAACCACAGUCCCAUCCGUUAACGCCGUUUACAAACAUUGUAGGUGGCCUUGGUGGGAAGAAGAACAAUAACGAACUGAAUGCGGCCCUUGAACAACAUUCCGCGAUGCUAUUCCAACAAACGGCUGUGUCAGUGAGCAAUAAUGGUGGUGGUGGUACGGGAACGGGAUCGACAAGUAGUGCGUUUAUUGGUGGACUAAAAAAAUCCAACACGUGCAAUAGUUCGUCGGAUUUUAAGGAAAACUCCAGUAAGCUGCAAAAUAUGCGUAAAAAUUCUGCCCCAGAAAGAGGUGCUAGUGGAGGAGGCGGAGGUGGUGCUAAUGGGAAUGGUACUAAUGGAGGUGGUGGAGCGGGGGCCGGCAGCAAUGGGGCCACUUCGUACUUUACGAAACUUAGCUUCAGUUCUACGAAAACUGCGAAGGAGAAAAAAUUGCUCGGUUCACCUGGAUUGCAUCGUGCGAUCUUUGGCAAGAAUCAUCACAAUCAUGGCAGCGAUAAUAGCCAGCCUACUGUGAUCGAUCAUGAGGUGUUUUCACCUAUUACCUUUCCGAAGGUACCAGCGACUCUUCCAAUGGACAGCGCAACUACAAAUAGUACGACCGCCGGAACCGGAUCUGGACAACCGGCUCAUCCUGCUAUAUCCAGCGCUUCUUCUGCGGCUGUGUUGGUGCCAAACUUUGGUCCAAAUCUAGUGGCCGUUGCACGAAAUUCUCCAGAUUACCCAAACAUGGAAUAUCCACCAGUAUUUGAACCGGAAACGUACUCUCUGAGUGAUCCAAACGCGAGCCUUACGCUGCUAAAGCGUCGUCAAAAUCAUCACCAUCACCACCACCAUCAUCAUCAUCACCACCAUCAGAAAUGACGACAUGAAAAACGGCUCGCAACGGUGCGAGAACAUGAAACGGGAUAAAGUUUCGAGGCUCCUUCUUGGUGGGUGCCGCUUGUUUGGAAAAUGAAGAUUUGUUUGGAUUAUGCUAGUUGUUUAGUGUAAAACAGUACACACCAUUCUGCCAUUUCUGUUGGUUCGAAACCACAAACUCCACAACUCGGUGCGUAAAGUUAGACGGAUAUGAAGGAGAGGUGUAAAGCGGAGUGCUGAUGCUUUUUCCGCUUUUAUUUAGGAUUUCCAUGUAGCCCACACAACAAGGCAAGGCCAUUAUUAUGAACAAACAAAUAUUUAAACAACAUUGAUAUUGUACGAUAAAUGAUUGCACUGAACUGAACGAGGGAGAAAGAGUUGGGGGGAAGCGAAGGUUAGUUUUUUUCGCGUGUAAAAUUAGAUUGAAAACGGGGAGAGAAAGAUGAUAGAAGAAACAAGAACAACAAAACAGCAACAAUAUUGUUGAAAUGUGAUUUUAGAACCUAUCUAGGUAUAUUUUCGAUGUUGAUGCAUAGCCUUUUAGAGUGUCUAGAAAUACACAGAAGAAGUCUCCGUUACUCCUAAUUAGGUGCCGAACACAUGUGCAUGCUGGUGUUUUGCAGCAGUAGAAACAGAACAGGAAAUCUCUAUUUAAACAUACUUUACUAUUUACUGCAGAGCGUAUUAUUUAACUUAAAAAAACAUUCAUCGUUCGCGUGCACAACAAACGAUAAAUUAAAUCAACAUGUGUAAGUUGCUCGUGGUGAAGAGAAAACGUGGAGCAGGUAGCAGUAGUAGUAGUAGUAGUAGUAGUAUUAUAACAAAAGCUGUUUCUUGCAUCGGAUUAGAGGUUGUUAUUUGAACAGAAGACACCAAAACUGAAACUGUUUGCAAAAUCCAGAUAUUUUCCAGAUAUUACAUUGUUAGUUACAUAGCAGUUUAAUGUAACAAAGCAAUCAGUUGAAUAUAUAUAUAUGAACCCUCUGCGUACAACACUGAUGAAAAGCCCACAAUUAUAAUACAUGUAGCCCGUACACAUUCCUAUUCAUGCGUUAUGCAAAAUGAUGAAAAUUUGAGCAGCAGGAAAUAUGUUGCAGUACCAUACCACUAGUUCCUCCCUCACAGGCCAAUAUGUAGAUCGCUAGAAUAUUGAUUAGAUGUGUGAAAAAGUAGCAAAAACUCCGCUAGCCAUGGUUGUAUGGCCUAAUUCGCAAUGCAUUGUUGAGGUUUGUUUUCUGCACAUGAAACUGAUACACAUAAUAAAUAGUGCCUUAUGAUUAAGAAUUCUGGUUUCAGUUGUGAUUUAUUGUGAGUAUUUUGCAACGGAUAAAUAA